GCUCUGUUCCAGUAAAGAUACACUAUAUGCUUAAUUAAACUUGAGUCUAAAAGCCUGUAGUGGAAAAUGCCGGCACAUACUUGGCCACCAGGUCAUAAUAAUCCUCCACACCUAAGCUUGUUGUUCACAUUCGUGUGAGGUUACCAGUAACUAAUGAAACCAAUUCACUUUUGCAACCUCUGCUCACUCAGUCAUCACCAUCACCUAAUCCCGCUGACGUUGUCGCCGAAGAAGAAAAGCGAAAAAGGAGAUUGGCUUGCCAACGAGAAGCUUACCAUCAAGCUUUCUGGGGAAACUUAGACCUCAUUAUUCAAUCAAGUCCCUGGGUGGUGCUGGAUUUAUCCCCGAAAAGGAGCUGGAACGCGUCAGGAUUGACGGCCAUUUUGCCAUUAAAUUAAAGGAUCAUCAAGUCAAAGGAAUUAAGUUUAUGUGGGAUAACUGUUUUGAAUCAGUCGAAAAAUCAGAGAGAAUGCUGGAUCUGGAUCCAUUCUAGCCCAUUGCAUGGGACUAGGGAAAAGUCUGCAGGUGGUCACCAUAGCACAUACAGUGCUGAAAAACAGACUUUGCCUGAUGGACCGUGUGCUAGUAGUUUGCCCUGUAAGCACCAUUUUCAAUUGGAUUAAUGAGUUCAAGCUGUGGCUUCCAACAUCUUCGGUCGUCAAGGUGUAUGAAAUGGUGAACAGCAAAGACAAUCCCUCACGAACGGGCGUGCUACGAAGUUGGAUGGAAAGUGGAGGAGUCAUGGUUAUAGGAUAUGAGAUGUACCGUAUUCUAACCGACAAAACCAACCCCAAGAUUAAUGUUGAAGACCGAGUAGUUAUCACAUGUUCUCUAGUCGAUCCUGGGCCUGAGCUCGUCGUUUGCGAUGAGGGGCACACACUAAAAAACGAAAAAUCCGCUAGCAACAUUUCGACGCGACAAAGAAUUACCUUAACUGGGACUCCAAUACAGAAUAAUCUUCUUGAGUACCAUGCUAUGGUACAAUUUGUGAAACCACUUUUGCUUGGGACUGCCGCACAUUUCACUGAUUUUUUUGCCAAACACAUAAAUAACGGGCAGUCAGCCAGGGCUAGCGGAUUUCCAUGA